GUUUGUCUUUGACAUUUCUAAGCGUUCUUUCGUGUUGAAAGCUAAGCCGGCUUUGGCGGGCUCGAUUUUUUCAAUUUUUAGCUAAAUUGUGCUAAAUAAUUAAAUAAAAAUGGCAUACAAAGGUCCACCGAAAGUCCAGAAGGUGAUGGUGCAACCCAUCAACCUUAUCUUCAGGUAUCUACAGAAUAGAAGCCGUGUACAAAUUUGGUUGUACGAAAACGUGAACUUGAGGAUUGAGGGACACAUUGUUGGCUUUGAUGAAUACAUGAACAUUGUUUUGGAUGACGCCGAAGAAGUACACAUGAAGACAAAGAACAGGAAGCAAAUUGGGAGAAUUAUGAUGAAAGGGGACAAUAUAACGCUAAUUCAAAACGUAAAUCCAAACGCAACGGUGUGAUGUGAUGGUGUUAGGUUAUAAAAAUUAAGUUUGAGUGUCAUUUUCCAUUCCUAAAUAAUAAGUGUAUAACAAGACUACUUAGAAACCGGUCAUGUGAAAUACAUCAAAGUUUCUUAAAAAA